AUGACAUCUACAAGGUUUGACCUCAAGUCCAGUCCGACUACUCUUGAGAAUGACGGUUUUACCAUUACAUUUACAGCCCCGACGCCCUCGCCGUUCUACCAGGGGGACAUCGUGGUGUCCCCGUCGGAGCUACAGGCGCUCAGACACCGCCGGGCCGCGGUGAAGGACCGCUUACUGCUCUGGCCAGAGGGCGUCAUACCCUUCCAGCUCAACAAGACUACUCUGGACAGGAAAACGCGGAAGGUAGUUCGGGCCGCCAUGAGACACUGGAUGAGGAAAACUUGUGUCAAGUUCAGGAAGAAGAAGAGAGGAGAUGUCAACUUCCUACAUUUCAUCGGGGAUGCGGGUUGCUGGUCGUACGUGGGAAUGCAGGGCGGGGAACAGAAGCUGUCCCUGGGGUCGGGCUGUGAGCUGUUCGGUACCGUGGUGCACGAGAUCGGCCACGCCGUCGGCUUCUGGCACGAACAGGCCCGUUACGACCGGAACAAAUACAUCCGCAUCCUUCGGGGGAACAUCCUUCCCGGUGCCGAGGAGAACUUCGACAAGAUGACGUACAAGACCAUCAACACGCUGGGUGUGGCGUACGACUACAACAGCAUCAUGCAUUACGGACCCAACUACUUCUCUGUCAACGGGAAACCGACUAUCAAGGUGAAGCGCAUCGGCUGGAGAGCCAAGCCUAAGAUCGGGCAGCGGAAGGUACUGAGUGAGCUGGACGUUGCGCAGACUCGGCACAUGUACCAGUGCAACAGGAAGGACAUGCAGAGGCGGAGAAAGGACGUGUGUUUCUUCAGUAAGUACGGUGACGGCAGAGACUACCGGGGGAACGUGGACUACACUCUGGAGGGGGUCACGUGUCAGAAAUGGACGUCACAGUGGCCGCAGGCGCACUGCGUCAUGUCCAGAUACUGGCUCGGGGACAAGAUGGACGGUUUGGGCAACCACAACUACUGCCGCAAUCCGGGCGGGAGAAGGUCGCGGCCGUGGUGUUUUACGACCCUGGAGGGUACGGAAUGGCAGUACUGUGACGUCAGGAUAUGCAACCCGUUGCCGAGAAGAAACGAGAACGAGAGCACCAGCCUCCCCACCAGGAACAACCUGGACAAGAGAUGAAGGGCCUGUGUAGUGGCGCCGUCUAGCGACUUUUGAUAAAACUGCCAUUUUUAUGAACUGAAUACCUCAACGUCUGUUAGUAUAUAUAUAAAAAUCGGAAUUAAGUUAAAAUCUUGUUAUAUUGAACAGAAGUUUACUUGUUUACUAUUAAGUCUAAGGUAUAAUUAUUUUUGGAAAGUCAGGGAUUUGUGAGUUUUAUAUCCAUAUGUGCAUGUUGUACAGAAAAUGAAGAUGUACAUAUGUUUUAAUUUAUUUAUUAUCGGGAAAUAUUUUAAGAAAAGGUGGGAAAAUUUUCGAGCAAAAACAAUCUCUGUAGGAAACACAAGCAAAAUAGUCUCAAUAUUCGAGCAUGGUAAUUCAUCCACUACUAAUAACGUUUCUCUGAUGUGUUUUUAUCACAAUCAUGCUUGUAUCAUUGUCCAUUGGUACAGGCGCCACCUGGCGUCCAUCUCAAGUACUGCACAAUCAGGCCAUUUUCUGGCAAGUAUGCCGUUUCAGAACGUUUGAGUAUCAGAAACUGUGAUAUCUAGUAUUACUAUAUUGUAAGGGGUGUAUAUUUAAAACAUGAUACUUCUAUGAUAUUUGUUCGGCCAGUUGAGCUCAGGUAUUUACACACAUACUGUUCUGUCCAAAGUUUCAUAUUUGUAUGUAUUUGUACAAACAACAAUAAGGUCCAAAAUAAACAAUACAAUAAAGUCUAAAUAUUUCAUCUGUGUUUGCUGUUCACCUUGUAUAAUGUAGUGCAUAAUUGCCCAUAGGAUAGUAAGUUUUCUUUUUGUUUCAGUAGCAGGGUUUGUUUGUUUAUUUUCAAACGCCUAUUCAUAUUUUUUCAUUCAGGGUAUAUGUUUCCCCUUUAACACAAGACCAUCAUCUAGUGAAAAGGGGGCCAUCGUACAUUUUGCACACAGAUAGUCUGGGUACCAUACCCCAAAGUAACUGCUGACUCAAUUUUUUCGCUUCCGCAUGAUCAUAGUUAGCAAGCAAAAGAAUUGAGUAAGUGCCCAGCCAUUAUUACGGAGUAUGCAUGCAGGCCAGGCUAGAACAAAGGAUCACGAUAUACAAAAAGAAGAAACAAAGAUUUUGCAACAGCCAAGCACAAUCAAACACUUCAGUGUUUUUAUUCUAAACAUUAGUGAAGAAAAAGAAAACUACUUCUAAACAUCUACAAAUAAAACAAUAAGGAAGUCUGUCCAAACAAUAUUGUGUCACAACUGUCCUCAAAUCAACAUCAAGUACACAUCCAUACAGUAGUAAUAGUACAGUACUCAGUAGUAUCAUGAAUAAUGAUGAUACAGCAGUACAUAAUCAUCCAAAGGUACUUGUAGACUGAAGAAUUAAGGAAUUGCACAUCCCAAGAACUUUGAGCAUGUCAGUGUUUACAUCCUACAGAAUGGGAAGGGGGGCAAUGAUACAAGUAUUCUUGUAAAUAUUAAAGCUAUGCAUAUGGAGAAAAGUAAAAGGUAUG